CGUUGGUACCAGAUCCCCUUGUAGACAAUUAUGUCACUGUCACCCAGUACGCAAACUGAUCUUUCAAGCAAAAAAUCGCCAAGAGCACCGGAGCACCUCAAACUGGGCUCCAAUCACGGCCAAAUCCCGGAGCUUGCCCACCGCCUGAACCGGAAGUGAAACGCCUUAUUUUUACUGAUGUUGCACAAGAACUGAUUGGGAGCCAUGCGCCCGCCCGAGGUUUACCACGUAUAUAGUCAUUCACAGAACCACCUGGCAGAGCGCCAGGAGAUCGGACGUGGGGUUCGGAGUGGGAUCAAGUGCACGAUCACCGGCAAAUCGGUGGGAGCUAUUAUCGCAACACUACAAAAAACCGGAACAUCCAAGAAAGUAUUUCAAAACUAUAUUGAUGACUUUAUUGAACUCUAAAAU